ACUCCAGUUCGGGGUUUCCAGAGGAGGAAAACUGGAGCCGAGGAAUCAUCACCAGAGCUUCGAGCACGGGCAACAAGUGGACGAGGAGGGAGACUUGUCUUAUUUACGGAGCGAAACGGUCCCGACUCUCAGAGAUGCAAGCCUCGCUGGUAGCCCUCGUCUGUGCGCUGGCUGCCGCCGUUGGCCAGGAGCCCGACCACAGCCACGGCUGUGCCCAUGGCAGCUGUUACCCGGCAACUGGGGACCUGCUGAUUGGAAGGGAGAAGAACCUGAAGGCCUCGUCCACAUGUGGGAUGAGAAGGAAAGAGCCGUACUGCAUCGUCAGUCAUCUGCAGGAUGAGAAGAAGUGUUUCGACUGUGACUCCAGACGCCCGUACGACCCCGUCUACAACACCAUCAAUCACCGGAUAGAGAACGUCAUCACCGCCUUCAAGCCUCACCGCAAGAAGUCCUGGUGGCAGUCUGAGAACGGAAAGUCGGGUGUCAACAUCCAGCUGGACCUGGAGGCAGAGUUUCAUUUCACUCACCUGAUCAUGACCUUCAAGACUUUCCGUCCGGCGGCCAUGCUGAUCGAGCGGUCGGCCGACUUCGGGCGUACCUGGCAGAUCUAUCGCUACUUCUCCCACGACUGUGUCAUGGACUUCCCCGGAGUCUCCCAGGGUCCUUUGCGCAACAUUAACGACGUCAUCUGUGAGUCGCGCUACUCGGACAUCGAGCCGUCGACGGAGGGAGAGGUCAUCUACAGAGUGUUGGAUCCAGCCAUCAGGAUCGAGGAUCCGUACAGUCCCAGCAUCCAGAACCAGUUAAAGAUCACCAACUUAAGAGUCAACUUCACCAAACUGCACACGCUCGGGGACAACCUGCUGGACCCCAGAGCUGAAAUCAAAGAGAAGUAUUACUACGCCAUAUACGAGCUCGUCGUCCGCGGCAACUGCUUUUGCUACGGCCACGCCGCCGAGUGCGCCCCCAUCGAGGGCAUCAGGAACGACAUAGAAGGAAUGGUCCACGGCAGGUGUGUGUGCAACCACAACACCAAAGGGUUGAACUGCGAGCAGUGUGACGACUUCUACAACGACCUGCCCUGGAGGCCGGCCGAGGGACGCAACACCAACGCCUGCAAGAAGUGUAACUGUAACAGCCACUCGAGCCAGUGCCACUUCGACAUGGCCGUGUUUCUGGCCACGGGGAACAUCAGCGGAGGAGUUUGUGACGACUGUCAACACAACACCAUGGGACGCAACUGUGAGAUGUGCAAACCGUUCUACUACAAAGACCCCAUCAAGGACAUGAGGGACCCAGGAGUCUGCAUAGCUUGUGACUGUGACCCGGACGGUUCGCUGAACGGGGGGAUGUGCGACAGCCACACGGAGCCUUCGCUCGGCAUGGUGGGAGGUCAGUGCCGUUGCAAGGAUAACGUGGAGGGGCCGCGCUGCGACAAGUGUAAAACCGGCUUCUUCGGCCUGAGCGCGGACAACCCUCAGGGCUGCCAACCCUGCCGGUGUGACCACAGAGGAACCGUCUCCGGUAGCUCCCAGUGUGAUCCGGUCAGCGGAGACUGUUUCUGCAAGCGGCUCGUCACUGGACGCAGCUGUGACCAGUGUUUGCCGGAGCACUGGGCCCUGAGCUACGACGUGAACGGCUGCAGAGGCUGUGAGUGUGAUAUCGGAGGAGCUCUGGACAACCACUGCUCCGUGGAGAACGGUCAGUGUCGCUGCCGCGGCCACAUGACAGGACGCCAGUGCACACAGGUGGAGUCUGGGUAUUUCUUCAUAGCUCUGGAUCACUUCCUUUACGAGGCUGAGUCGGCCCAAAUGGGACAGGGCUGCACAGUGGAGAUCAGAGAGCAUCAGCCCGGUCGCUCCGCCACCUGGACCGGAGCCGGGUUUGCUCGGGUCCCUGAAGGCGGCACGCUGGAGUUCCAGAUCACCAACGUACCGUACUCCAUGGAGUACGACCUGCUAGUCCGCUACGAGUCACAGAUGCCCCGUGACUGGGAGGAAGUGCGUAUAACCGUGAUCCGUCCGGGGCCGAUUCCGACCAGCAGCCCCUGUGGAAACACCAUCCCAGAUGACGACAGAAUCACCGUGUCUCUACCAGCCGGAUCCAGGUUUGUGGUUCCUCCUCAGCUCGUGUGUCUGGAAAGAGGCGUCACUUACACCGUCCGCUUCGAGUUCAGACGCUACCAGGACGGCAACAGUAUCCUCAACGGGGCGGCCAACGCUAUCCUCCUCGUGGACUCUAUUGCACUGAUGCCGCGCUACUCCUCCAUGGAGAUGUUCAACGCUGGGGACGUGGCCUCCAACACCCGGAGGCAGAGCUACGAGCGUUACCGCUGCCACGAGGGGGCGAAGAGCGUGACCCGGCCAGCGAUGAGCGACACCUGCGCCAAGAUGAUCACCAGCAUGUCGGCCGUGAUAAACGACGGGGCUCUGCCUUGUAACUGUGACCCUCAGGGGUCCAUCAGCUCGGUGUGCGACGUCCGCGGGGGCCAGUGUCGCUGCAGGCCCAACGUGAUCGGGAGACGCUGUGACAAAUGUUCUCCGGGGACUUACGGCUUUGGACCCUCGGGCUGCGUAGCCUGCGGUUGCAGCCUGGAAGGCUCCGUGACUCGGCUGUGCGACAAGUUCACCGGUCAGUGCCAGUGCCGCCCGGGAGCGUUCGGCCAGCGCUGCGACGGCUGCCAGGCGGGUCACUGGGGCUUCCCCAGCUGCCGACCGUGCCAGUGCAACGGGCACGCGGACCAGUGCGACCAGAGGACCGGAGCCUGCAUCGGCUGCAGGGACAACACUGGAGGAGACAAGUGUGACAGGUGCGCCAAUGGUUACUAUGGUAACCCCGUUUUGGGAAUAGCGUCCGGGGGUCACUGUCGUCCCUGCCCCUGCCCGGACGGGCCCAACAGCGGGCGCCACUUUGCUGCGUCUUGUUACCAGGACAACCGCAACAGACAAAUCAUCUGCAACUGUAACCAGGGUUACACAGGAAUUGUUAAACGCUCCGGGGCGACCAUUUUUAAGCGUGCCCGGUGUGAGGAGUGUGCGCCGGGUUAUUACGGGAACCCCUCUCAGCCGGGGGGCCGCUGCCAGCCCUGCCAGUGCAACAACAACAUCGACAUGUCGGACAUGGACGCCUGCAACCGUCAGACCGGAGAGUGCAGGAGGUGCCUUUACAACACCGAGGGCUCCGGCUGUGGCAUCUGCAAGAGCGGCUAUUUCGGGGACGCUUCCCGGCGCAACUGCAGGAAGUGUACGUGUAACUUCCUGGGCACUGAACGCAGCCAGUGCAUGGAGCGUGAGGACUGCGUGUGCCAGCGCGCCACAGGCCAGUGCCAGUGUCUCCCAAACGUCAUAGGCCUGGCGUGCGACCACUGCGCCCCCAACCACUGGAACCUGGCCAGCGGCCGGGGCUGUGAACCGUGCGGCUGUGAUCCCAACAACUCCGUCACCUCCUCCUGUAACGAGUUCACCGGUCAGUGUCAGUGUCGUGACGGCUUUGGGGGGAAGACCUGCACAGACUGUCAGGAGAACUACUGGGGAGACCCCCGGACGCUGUGCAGAGCUUGUGACUGCGACUGGCGUGGGAUCGAAACCUCUCAGUGUAACCGGGUGACCGGACACUGCGUCUGCCAGCAGGGGGUGUCAGGUGUCCGCUGCGACCAGUGCGCCAGAGGAUUUUCUGGCCAGUUUCCCAACUGCCAGCCCUGUCACCAGUGCUUUGGGGACUGGGAUCGCAUCGUGCAGGACCUGGCGGUGCGCACCAAGGCUCUGGCGGAGCGAGCCCACGAGAUUCAGACCACGGGGCUCACUGGGCCCUACGAGAAGGCCUUCAGAGACCUGGAGGAGAAACUGGCACAAGCUCGGGGGAUCGUCAACGCACGCAACGCCACUGCUGCAGCCGUUGCUACCCUCAUGGAGCUUAUUGAAGACCUUAGAGCACAGAUUGGGGACACCACUGACACCUUAAAUCGUCUGGAAGGAGACUUAACCAUCGUCCAGGACAGCAACUCCGAGGCAAGCAAGGAUCUCAGCGCUCUGGAAAGGGAAGCUAAAGAGCUGAACCUCACGUCAGAGCAGCUACAUCACCAACUGGAUGUCCUCAAAAACUCCAACUUCUUAGGGGCAUACGACAGCAUCCGCAGCUCCUACAACCGGUCCCGUGACGCGGAGCGGCGAGCCAACGAAUCGACGACCACCCGGCCCAGCACCGUCAGCCAGUCCGCAGACACCCGGCGCCGCACGGAGCGCCUCAUCAACGCCAAGAAGGACGACUUCAACCGCAAAAACUCCGCCAACAAGCGCGCUCUGGCAGACCUCAACACCAGAGCGCAGGGACUGGACCUGAAGAGGAUCAACGAGAAGGUGUGCGGCGCUCCGGGGGACGCUCCCUGCGGCGAGAGCCCUUGCGGAGGUGCGGGUUGCCGCGACGACGAGGGGAACCGUCACUGCGGAGGCCUGAACUGUAACGGCGCCGUGGCGGCGGCGGACAACGCUCUGGAGGGAGCAAAGCACGCGGAGAAGGAGCUGAACAAAGCCAUGGGGGAGGUGGAGGGACUCUUCACCAAGGUGGCAGAGGCUAAAUCUAAAGCAGAGGAGGCCAAAGGUAAAGCCCAAGCAGCUCUGGAGAAAGCCACGGCCACCAAGAACAAGGUGGAGCGCUCCAACAAUGACCUGAGGGACCUCAUCAAACAGAUCAGGGAGUUCCUCACUCAGGAGGGAGCAGACCCUGACAGCAUCGAGGCGGUGGCCAACCGCGUCCUGGAGCUCUCCAUUCCCGCUUCACCCCUCCAGAUCCGACAUCUCGCCGACGAAAUCAAGGAGCGGGUCCGCAGCCUCUCCAACGUGGACGCCAUCCUGAAGCGGACGCAGGACGACGUCCGCAGGGCUGAGGAGCUGCUGCUGGACGCCAAGAGAGCGAGGCAUCGCGCUGAAGGUGUGAAGACCACAGCAGAGACUGUGAUGCAGGCCUUGAUGGACGCAAAGACUGCCCAGACUUCAGCAGAGAAAGCCAUAGCAAAAGCCAAAGCUGACAUUGGGGACACUGAGAAUCGCUUGGCAGAGAUUGAGUCGGAGACGACCAACAGUGAGAAAAACCUGAACGACGCCAUGAACCGCCUGGGCACACUGGAGCUGCAGAUCAACGCCCUGAAGACCAAGCGCGCCAACAACAGCAUGGCGGCAGCCCGAGCCGAAGAGACGGCCACCAUGGCCCGAGACAAGGCCAACGAGGCCAAGCAGAUUCUAGACGGCCAGCUGACGGAUAAGUACCAUGAGGUGCAGCAGCGGGUGGACAACAAAGCCAAGUCUGUGCAGGACGCCAAGAAAAGGGCGGAGAGUCUCAGAGAUGAAGCGAGGGAACUGCUGAAAGACGCCCAAAGCAAGCUAGAGAGGCUAGCAGAGCUGGAGAAAAACUACGAGGAGAACCAGAGGAGGCUGGAGGGUAAAGCUCGUCAGCUGGACGGUUUAGAGGACAAGAUGAAAGGCAUCCUCAACGACAUCAACAAACAGAUCCAGAUCUACAACACGUGCCAGUAAAAGGGAACCAGCCCAUCCUCAUGUUAUCCAGACCCAGCAACCUGACGACACACUGAGAGUAAAUGUGCAUAUUUAGUUUUUUUUGUAACGGUUGGUCUUCGUCAUCAUAUUGAGAUAUAUAUAAACAUAAACAUGACUGAACAUGUAAAGGCCGUCUGAUAUCAAAUAUUUUAUUUUAAUUGGUGCACAUUGAGAGAAAUCUGUUUUAAAUUUGUCUUUUGAAUACACAACUUUUUAAUGAAAUUUAGAAAAGUAAAUAAGACACAGAUUUGAGAGGAAAGUAUGCACUGAAAAACAAAGUGCAGCUACAUUUUUAAAUAUUUUUUAAAUGUUUAUAUUGUGUCUUUUUGUGUCGGUAUAGCUGUGGUCAUGUGGUGUUACCUUAAGUCAUGAUGAUGCCUGCCUACAGUCUAUUAAAAACUUGUACAGUUUUAUUAUGUUGAAGGUCUCCGCUGGACAAUCAGCAAGUCAGUCCAUCUUUCUGUUUUCCAAUAAUUAUUUGUUACUACUGGAAGUAUAUUCUGAGCUGUGCUCAUCAUGUGCAAGAGGACUUCAUUUAAACUGCGGUUGACGGGGUCUUCUUGCAGCAGGAAGCAAACGUUUAUGUGCGUGAGAACAUAAUAUGAGAGUAUGUUUUUGAGCGUAACUUUUUUUUGUUUUAUUCAUUAUAAGUUAUUUUUGAAAUAAGCCAAAAUACUGAGGGAGGGGUGUAGAGGAGCAGGGGUGUGAAACUCAUGUUAGUUCAGGGGCCACAUACUACAGCCCGAUCAUUAUAGAAUCAUAACAUAUAAAUAACAAGAAGUCCAAAUUUUUCCCUUUAUUUAGGGCAAAAAGGUACAUUAUGACAUUUAUUGACGUAUACUUUAACAAAACAUUUUACGAACCACUUGAAAUUUCCUAAGAAUAAGUGCUAUUUUGAAGCAUUGCUGCCAUCUGCUGUUUAAUCCUAGUUUUGCGUUAUAUUCUUAACGCUUACUAAAACAGUGCGCCCCCUAGGGGACAAAUUAGUAAGUAAACGUCUCUUAUGUCGUUUUUGCACUUUGCAAAUUCAUAUUUGUACAGAAGCAUAUUGCAUUCUUAGUAAAAGAAAAAAAUGUUUUUUUUACAAGUAAUUUCUGUUUUGAUUUGUUUUUUGGGCUAAAUGUUUCUGUUUUUCUGAGUAAUAUAUUUUUUUGGUUUGUUUUUCUGAGUAUUUUUUUCUGUUUUUCACAGUAUUUUUAUUUUUUUUAAACUCAUUUUCUUCUGAGUUUAGAAGUCAUUUGAAACAAUAAAUGCAUUAAUUCCUUUAUUGAGAGCUCGAUUUAAUGGAAGGGAGGAAAAAUUACUAAUUAAAAAUUAGAGAAAAAAAAAUCUGGAAAAAUAGGAAAAAUUUACUCAGAAAAACAGAAAAAAAUACAUAAAAAUUAAUUAAUUACUCAGAAAAAAAAAUCAGAAAAACAAACCAAAGAAAUAUAUUACUGAGAAAACCAGGUUUUUAUUGUGGAAUGCAGUACUUGCUUCUGUAUGUCUGACACCUACGGUUUAGACGCUAAGCAACAAUCUUUUGUGGUAAGAACUUUUUCAGGUAGAAUUACGAUACGACCCGGGUUAAUGUAUUCAUAUGGAGUUUAGAUUUAGAAAAACAAAUUGUUGUUUAGGAAUCAAAUAAAUAUCUUAUUGGUCUUUAUACACAAUGAAACAAGUCAAAAGACCAAUGUUGUGUGAAUCCUAUGUGCAGGACUCAGCAGCCUAAGCUGACACUACAUAAAGAACUAUAAUAAGCUGACACUGUACCUUAAUGCCACGAUCACUAUACAUUUGGAUGAACUCAGAUCCAGAGUGAAAUAUUUCAGACUGUCAUAUGGAACUGAAAAAACAACAUUAUGGUCGAGCUGAAUCUGACUUAAACCUUUUCAUUUACGAAAACUAAAUUAAAAGUGAUAGCUUGACAUUUUUUAAGUCGCCUUAUUUGGUUUUCCCUGAGAGCUAGAGGGAAAGACAGAUAGAUACCAGGUUACAGCCUCAAUAAUAUGAAACAAUAUUUACUAUACAAAGUGUUUAAUUGUGCCUUAUACUGCUAAUCGUGUGGACAUUUACUGAUUUACUGUUUGCAUGAUGACUUGUGCUUUAGGAAACCAAACCGCUGCAGUCACACGGUCGAUGACCGAUCACCAAACCAGCAACACCAAAAAAAAAACCUUGUAAAGUUUUACAGUUUACAUUUUGUGAAUAAAAGUUUGGAAAAUGUGA